AUGAAGCCCCAGGACUCUUGCUGGCCGGCGCUCUUUUGGGAGAUUGAGAGCUCCUCGCAUAUCUCCAGCCCCCCGCCUGCAGUGCGGAAGGAUAAGCAAGGCGUCACGCAGCCCUCGUCGGAUUAUGAACUCAAUGAGCUGCAGCCACACAAGAGCUCAGCUCGAGUGACUGUUGAACCAGCAACACAGCCAUCAAUGGGCCCAUCGACCCGCAUGCACACUUCAAGCAUAUUGGAAAAUAGCCCACAGACCCCAGGCGUCGAAGAGGAAGCCACAGAAUGGGUCCCGGAUCGUGCCAACCCCUCAUGGAAGACCAAAUGGCGAGUGUUAAGCGCUUGCUUCAUCAACUUUGGCAAUGGAAUGAAUGACAGUGCCCCUGGAGCUUUGAUCCCCUAUAUCGAAAAACACUAUGGUAUCGGAUAUGCUGUUGUCUCGCUGAUUUUCGUGACCAAUGCGCUCGGCUUCAUCUCUGCAGCACCGCUUACGCACACCAUCGAGCACAAGCUGGGCCGUUCGAAGAGCUAUGUGCUCGCAAUGGUCUUUUUAGCAGUCAGCUAUGUGGUCAUCAUCUGCCAGCCACCCUUCCCGGUAGUUGUGACCUGCUUCUUCUUCCUGGGGUUCGGCAUGGCGCUCAGCUUAGCCCUGAACAACGUGUACUGUGCCAACUUAGGCAACGCAACCACAGCCCUGGGCUGUAUGCAUGGGUCUUAUGGCAUCGGUGGCACCGUUGCGCCGCUUUUUGCAACUGCCAUGGUAUCUGGUGGGAUCCGGUGGUCAAUCUUCUACUCCAUCACGUUGGCUUUCUGCCUCUUCAACCUCGGUUAUUCUGCUUGGGCAUUCCUCAAUUACGAGAAAGAUACUCCAGCAGAACCGCAGCCAUCUCUCCAUCAAACAACAUCUCGUCCUACCAGCACUACUGGAGAACCGUUGACUCGGGCCCAAAUUCUCAAAAAGUCAAUAAAGAAUCGGACCACGUUGCUUGGUGCCCUGUUUAUCUUCGCUUACCAGGGUGCUGAGGUCUCUACGUCUGGGUGGGUGGUUUCUUUUCUGAUCAGCUACCGCCAUGGGGAUCCCUCAAGGGUCGGAUAUGUCAGCGCUGGUUUCUGGGCUGGAAUUACCGUCGGACGGUUCCUGCUCACUCAUCCCGCCGCGAAGCUCGGCGAAAAGACCGCCGUGGUCGUAAUGGUGGCCGGCUCGGUGGCUUUCCAGCUGAUGACCUGGCUCAUCCCCAAUGUGAUCGGAGAAGCCGUGACGGUCGCCGUUCUCGGUCUCAUGCUGGGCGCUGUCUAUCCAUGCGCCACGAUCGUUUUUACGAGGCUGCUGCCGCGAAGCAUGCACAUCUCUAGCCUCAGCUUCAUCAGCGCCCUUGGAAGCAGUGGUGGAGCGGUCUCGCCCUUCUUCACCGGCAUCCUCGCGCAGAAUGUGGGUACAAUGGUGCUGCAUCCAAUUUGUAUUGGCCUGUACGGGGUCAUGGCCACAAGCUGGCUGUUGUUGCCGAAGAUAUCGAAGAGAUCUGAGUAA